GUCACUGUUUCUUACACUGCUGUUACUUUCAAAAUGGUCAAAAACCAUAUUUAAUAUAGUGAAAUCGUCGAGUGGCCGAAAAAAUCUCUUUUCGAUACUUCGCGGAAACGCACGAAAUAGUCACUUUUCAAGACAAAAUUUUUACAACACCGGAAGUUUUCCCAUGAGAAGGUGAGCCAUUGCUGAACACAAUACACAAUGAACAUUCAUAAUUUCUCUACCUUGCUCUAUUUACAUUUUUUUCACGGMGGUAUUGMRACAUUGCAGGUUACAAUGUCAGGAUCAGUCACUUCGCAACAGUGUSAAUACCACCAGAAUUGCCUUGCAAAAUCUUKCCGUAUAUGCGGUUUUUUCAAAGGCGAAAAGAGUAAAAACUAUCUUUACASCACAACCUCUUCAGAAAUCAAGGACAAAAUAUUACUUACCUAUGAAGUUGAUGUUACUACUGAUGAUCCCAAAAUUUACCCUACCAAACUUUGUAACAAUUGCUACUUAAGCCGAGGAACUAUUGACGUUUUUAAGUGGUACGAGCAUUUAGRGGACGGCUGCAAGAUAUGCCAAUAUUUUGAAUGCAAACAGCGUGGGGGUAGAAAAAGAAAAAAAACUGGUGGAAAAGGUCGGCCUCCGAAAAAACAAGCGGUCGAAGUUGAAAACGCCAAAUGGAGUAUCGAAAUACCAAAUGAAGUUUUACCAMCAAAAGUUGUUAAUUCAACUCCCGAAAUUGCGCGCUUUUUAAAUCCACCUCCCGAUGUUCUGUGUCCGGUUUGCAAAGAAGUAUUGCACAUGCCGAUUCAGUCUUCUUGCCAACACUUUUUCUGCCAAAACUGUAUCCACAAGUGGUUGGAACACUCUGGUGAAAAUGCUAAAUGCCCYGUUUGCGUUACUCCUAUCUCUGCCUUCGAUCUUCAACAAGCACCCCGACUUCUAAUAAACAUCUUGCGCUCACUUCUGGUACUGUGUUCCGUCUGCAAACAACCUAUAGCUCUCGAACAACUGGACGAUCACCAAUACAAUUGCAAAGAAUAUAUUCCUGAACGACCRACGACAACACUUCCACAACUUCUCGUCAAACCAUUGACUGAACCCCUUGAUAAGCACGAGGAAAGGCUCGCAACACAACUAAUUAAAAGAAAGUUAAAUCUAACUCAAAAUAAAUCCCACAUCUUUAUGAAAACAGGAGGAACGCCUAUCAAGCUUUCUGUCACCACUGCAGCACACAAAAAUAGCUCUGAAGUGUGUACAAAAACUCGACAACGUCGUGCGUCUGAGGUGGAGUGUUUCCGACAGCAAAGUUCCAGUACAGAUGAUGACGACCAAAUAAGCGCCAGAGUUCAGCUUGCAACUGAGUUGAAAGGACUUCGUAAAGACGAGCGACAACUGAUUGUAAAGGAAGCUGGUCUGGCUUUAGAUAUUCCUCCUGAUGAAGGGCUUGCCAUGAAAACAGAGCUUGGGUUACCUUGGAAUAAAACAAGGCAUCUUAGAAGGUGGUUCUCAAGCUGGGGUAUCAACUUAGCAAGUGAAAAAGAACAAAGAUGCUUUGAUAAAGGCCAAGAAGUAGCUGAGCCUAUCAAGCUUUCUGUCACCACUGCAGCACACAAAAAUAGCUCUGAAGUGUGUGCAAAAACUCGACAACGUCGUGCGUCUGAGGUGGAGUGUUUCCGACAGCAAAGUUCCAGUACAGAUGAUGACGACCAAAUAAGCGGCAGAGUUCAGCUUGCAACUGAGUUGAAAGGACUUCGUAAAGACGAGCGACAACUGAUUGUAAAGGAAGCUGGUCUGGCUUUAGAUAUUCCUCCUGAUGAAGGGCUUGCCAUGAAAACAGAGCUUGGGUUACCUUGGAAUAAAACAAGGCAUCUUGGAAGGUAUAUACAAAACAAUUAA